CUUACAGAAAAAGAAUAUAUUAAAAUAAAUUUUUUCUUCAAGAAUAUAUGUAGGAAUUUAAUUAGAUUUUAAUUGUAUAUGAUAACUUGUUAGGCAAUAUUCUUUCUUACGGUUUAAAAUAUAGGAUAAUUUUCUAUUUUCUGAAUCAUAAAUUUGCUUGUAGACUGGAUUUAUCAAAUUUUAUAGUCAAAUAUAAAGUACUUAAAUUAUAAAAUUAAAAUUAACUUCUUUCAUUUUAUAUUUGAUUUGAUUCCGUUAGUCUUUCUCGAUCUCAGCUGCUACCAUACCACGCAGCCACGCAGGUUCGAUAGAUGAGAAUCCCACGUUUUUUCCGUAAUGUCUUGAUAGGCAUUCCGAUUGGGAUUGCUUUCUGCGAUACUGUCGGAUAUGUCGCGAGGGUGGAUGGAAUAUCUAUGCAGCCUGCGCUAAAUCCAGACCUACGGUAUCCCGACUACGUGUUCCUGAAUCGUUGGGCCAUCCGAAAUCGAAACGUACAACGCGGCGACAUAGUGUGCAUCGUGUCUCCUAAGGUGCCGAAUCAGACGCUCAUCAAGAGAGUUGUGGGACUACCCGGUGACAUCAUAGGAACACAUGGAUACAAGAUCAGUGCCGUUCAAGUAUGGAAACGAUAUGUAGAAGUACCAGAAGGGCACUGCUGGUUACAAGGAGACCAUAUUGGACAUUCUAUGGACUCUAAUACCUUUGGGCCAAUAUCUCUAGGUUUGGUAACAGCAAAAGCUACUCAUAUAGUUUGGCCACCGAGUCGAUGGCAACAGUUACAGGCUACAAAACCCAACUAUGAGAGCUGUUAGCUUUGUAAAAAAA